GCUCCCGGACGGAGCUGAAAUUGACUUGAGAAGCUCUAGGGUCUGCUGCGGCCACCCUCCCGGGGCCCUGGACGCGGGGGCAGGUCCCUGCAUGUGGUCUUGGCUGCUUUGCUUUUCUCACCCUGGGCUUCCCUGAAGACUGGCCAGUGAAAUGCAAGUGGCUGGAGCUCGGACUGGGGUUGGGGAGUCGGGGUGUCGGGGCCACUUGACCCCUGUGUGGCUGUGGAACGUCUGGUCUGUGGCCCCUGCUUGUCCUCAUCUUUGCUUUUCCUCACCAUCUCCACAGGCUAACACUGCUCUCCCCUGGGACCUGAAAAAUGGCAUCUGGGCAAGGACCGGGCCCGCCCAGGCAGGACUGUGAAGGGCCUGCCCCAGCCUCCACUUCGGAGGAGCAGGUGGCCCGGGACACAGAGGAGGUUUUCCGCAGCUACGUUUUUUACCGCCAUCAGCAGGAGCAGGAAGCUGAGGCGGCUGUCCCCCCUGACCCAGAGAUGGUCACCUUGUCCCCAGAGCCUGCCAGCACCUUGGGGCAGGUGGGCCGGCAGCUCGCCAUCAUCGGGGACGACAUCAACCAGCGCUUCGACCUGGAGUUCCACACCAUGUUGCAGCACCUGCAGCCGACCCCAGAGAACGCCUACCAGUACUUCACCAAGAUCGCCUCCAGGCCAGCAGCAAUGCCCACAGGUAAUCUCCCCGCUGCCUCUGUCCACUGCUCUGCCCUGUGCCCCCUGCGCCCGCAGCACCGGGCCCCCGGCGGUGGUGGCGGCGGCGGCAGUCCCAUCCUGUGCCCUCUGAGCUUUCUCCUUUCACAGAGUUGCAGGCUCUCCCCAAACAGCAGCCAGGCGGGCACCUCUGCCACCGGACACCCUCCCUCCAUCUCCUGGCAGGUGGCAGCCCUGGACCUGGGCAACGGCCCCAUCCGGAAUGUGCUGAUAGUUCUGGCUGUGGUUCUGUUGGGCCAGUUUGUGGUACGAAGAUUCUUCCAGUCAUGACCCCAGGAGGGGUCCUUUGGGGUCCCAGCUGAGACCCCCACCUGGACUUCAGCCAAGCCUUCUUCCCUUACCUGUCCCCUGCAGGGGUCCCCCCUCAAGGGUACAGAAGCUUUAGCAAGUGGCACUCCAGCUUUGAAGGGCCCCUGCUUGGGGUCGGUCAGGCUGCGGGGGCACCCCAACAUUGCAUGGUGCUAAUGGACCCCCUCUCUGGGCUCAGCUCUCUCUGAUGGGCUUUAGGGAGGUUGAUAACUUGGGGAAGCAAGAAGCUAGGAAACACAUUUCCCCAAGAAGUUUUUAAUGGUUUUAGCUUUUUAUAAUGGCCUUAGGACAACCCCACCCCUUGUCCCCACCACUCUGCCACAGGCCAGGACAUGGGAUAUGGGGGUUAGGAGGCCUAUCCUGUACCCCAGAUUUAGCUGUUCUGGAAGGUCAGAGCUUGAGAGCUGACCUGGAGCCCAGUCCUAGCCCUUCCAAAGCUUCAUGUCCCCAACAGGGCUGGCCGGGGUUGGGGGACAAGGACCUACUUAACCCCCACCCCCCACCCCACCUAUAUGGCCUUGGCCGGCAGACUCUCAGGGAUUAGGGCCCGGGGUGUGGGGUGAGGAGGCAGACCGAGCUGUCUGGCUUUAUCCACCAGGCCCCUCCCAGCCUGCCUCCCGAGGCCCUCGGCCCCCUCCCUUCCCCUCGCCACUUGCUCCGAGGCGUCACUACUUGAGAAGGCUGCCUGCCCCAUCACUCCAUGCCAGGGGGGCAGGGGCCUCCUUGCACAGACUCUAGGGUUUAGGACUGUGGUUUGUGAUGGUCAGGGAAAGGGGUAGGGAGCUCAUCUUGAGGUUUCUGAGAGAAGGGCUAUGAACAUCACCAGAAACCCCAAGGGUGGGAUCUGCUCUCCUGGCCUGGGCGCAGUGUAAUCUGGGAGAACUGAAUACUUGAACUUUACCCCAAGCCCACCAUCUGCCUAAGCCCCUCCUGGG